AUGGUCAACCAAAAAGCCCAAGAUGCCGUACAGCAGAGUCUGGACUCUGUAACAGGCGACAAAUCCACCGGCGUCGCCGGCCUCGUCUUCGUAGCCGUCAACAAGGAUGGCGAGCAAAUCGCCGCCGCCGCCUCUGGCAAGAAAGGUCUAGGCGCCAACCGCGCGCCCAUGGACCUCGACACCGUCUUCUGGAUUGCCUCGUGUACGAAGAUUCUCGCGACGAUUGCGUGCAUGCAAGCCGUCGAGCAGGGAAUUCUGGCGUUGGAUGAUCACAAGCAGGUUUAUAAGCUGUGUCCCGAGUUGGAGAAGGUGCAGGUUCUGCAGGAGGAUGGGACUUUGGUGGAUAAGAAGAAGGAGAUUACGUUGAGGAUGUUGCUGAGCCAUACUGCUGGGUUUGGGUAUGAGUUUUUCAACCCCAAGCUCCGCGACUUCGGCCGUCCGGUCGGGUUUGACGUCUUUCACGCCGACAUCAAGGACAUUCUCCGCAUGCCCCUGGUCAACCAACCUGGCGAGACCUGGGAGUACGGCAUCAACAUCGACUGGGCCGGUAUUGUCCUCGAACGUGCGACUGGUCAAGGCCUCAACGACUGGAUGCAGGAGAAGAUCAUGCAACCUCUGGGUAUCAAGAAUGUUAACAUGUUGCCCACCGAGGAGAUGAAGAAGAACUUGGCCUAUAUGCACCAGCGAUGGCCCGGAGGCGCUGAGGCCGAGGAGAGGGACCAUAUGUACCGUGAACCAAUUAUUGCCAACACGGACGAUGCGAAGAAGAGGAUUUUCCACAGUGGUGGUGCCGGCGCAUAUGCAAAGCCAACCGAAUACAUCCAAGUUCUCGCCGCUCUGUUGAACGACGGCAAGAGUCCAACCACCGGCGCGCAGAUCCUCAAGGCAGAGACCGUCAAGGAAAUGUUCGAGAACCAGAUCCCGCAACAUCCAGACUUUGCACGACAGGGCAUUCCAGCGGCCAAGCCAGACCAGACGAAUCCAGCUCCAGAGCUGUACCCGCAAGAGGGAAAUCCUCCACAAGGCUGGGGUCUCAGUUUCAUGAUCACGCAGGAACCGGGCGCCACGGGCCGCGGUCGUAACACAGCGUGGUGGGCAGGUAUCGCGAACCUCUUUUGGUGGUGCGACCGGGAGAAGGGUGUUGCAGGAAUGAUUGCUUCGCAAGUCAUGCCGUUUGGCGAUAUGAGUGUGAUGGGUCAAUGGGGUGCUUGUGAGGCCGCCGUGUAUCAGUCCUUGGGUGCUUGA